AUGAAUGACUCGCGGUCAACCGGGGAAAGCGCGACGGCACCGCGUUGGCCUCUGACCUUUCGCGCGACUUUCGGCGCCGAAAAUCAGAACAAUAAUGGCCAGCACCAACAUAAUCAACCGCCCAAGCCGCGAUGGUGGACUCAUACGUUGUAUCGUGGUGCAAAUGGCCAGUUGCCGCGGAUCCUCUACAGCAAUACCAAGGCACAAUCCGAGGAGAUAGCCAAGGAGUUCUUGGGAGAGGCUGUCUUGGGUUUUGACAUGGAAUGGCCGUGGCCAGACAAGAACUCGGCUCGAUUGCAAGACAAGGUCAGCCUUAUACAAAUUGCUUCCGAGAGCAAGAUUGCCCUUUUCCAUGUCGCGUUACACGGUGGCAACACGGUGGACGAACUUUUGGCACCAUCGCUCAAGAAGAUCAUCGAGUCUCCGGACAUCAUCAAGGUCGGCGUCAAGAUCCAGGAUGCCGACUUUGCACGCCUCCGCCAGCAUAUGGGCCUCCAGCCCAGGAGCGGCUUUGAGCUGAGUCAUCUGUUUACCCUGGUGAAGUUUGGGCUCAGCGAACCGGACAAGCUCAGGACCAAUCUUGUGGCUCUCGCGCGACAAGUGGAAGAAAUACUCGGUCUGCCAUUGUGCAAGGACAACAGCGUGAGAAAAAGCGACUGGAGCAAGCCUCUACGGCAGGGUCAGAUGGUGUAUGCUGCUGAUGAUGCGUAUGCUGGGUACAUGCUCUACCACUGCCUCAAUGCAAAGAGGGCACAAAUGCAACCAUCACCACCGCUCCCAGUGGUUGCUGACCACUAUAAAACCUACGAUGGUCCAGGCUUCCCCACACGUGGCGCCAUUCGCCUCCAAGUGCCGGCCACUGCAUCGGAAUAUUUUGCGCGUUUCAGUGGCCGUACUGGUGUUCGGGCGGGUGCACCUCCCCCGACUCUGGUCAAGUCGGUCUCAUUUUCCGGGAACGGCGAGCGCAGCUGGGCCGAGGAUUCCAGGAUCGUCAUAGGACAGAAUGGCCAAAGCGCCAUUCCGGGCACGACUUUAUCCGUGGCGUCUCCUCCCAAGAUUGAACAAAAACUACCCGAAAGGCUUGAAAAGCAACUCUAUUACCGCUUGGUUGAGCGCCGGCAGCAAUAUGCCAGGGAACUUAACUUUGAUGGCUACAUGGUUGCCCACAACAGUGUCUUGGAGUCAAUGUCCAAAUCGCUGCCAGUCAACAAGGAAGAACUACUGCUGAUCAAGGGUAUUGGUCCGAAAAAGGUUGAACAAUACGGGCCGGGAUGGCUUGAAGUCAUUCAAAAAUUCAUGAAAGAGCACAAGAAUGACGUAUUGACCACUACUUCAGAGGCUGCGCCUCGAGGUCUCAAAAGAUCGGUCUCUUUUACGUCUCCGCAGAAACAAGAAGCUCGCGCACCUCCAGCUCUACACACUGGUCUUUCGUUCCAAAUGGACAGCACGAGCAUUAUCCAUCCUCCAUAUUCAGAUGACGAGGAGGAGUCUGACACGGAAGGGUUCGGUCCUCCGCUAAGCACCACUCUCAAACCACGCGUGAAUAUGCGUAAUGGUAAUCGUAUCGAUUAUUCUGCUGUACCACAGUCACAGCAGGAACUCUCCACACCACGCGUGAAGAGAAGUCGCUCUGACAUGGACGAUAACGCUGUGACACCAUCCGUCCAGAACCCUGCACCUGCAGCCUUGAACAGACAUAUUGACGCAGAAACAUCCACAAGGGGGCUUGAGCAGCGUGACUUCCGGCGUUCGCGAAGCUACCAUCAGGAGACAGGAAGUCAUUCUUCUCGGGAGGCUCAAGAAUAUCCCGUGUCUGCCUCGCAACCAACCGACGUCUCAUAUCCUCGUUCGAGCUCAAAUAGUAACGCAGAAGCCGUCUCACAGACUUUGGAGGAAAGAUUGAGAGAACUGAGCAAGCAGGUCUCUGUUGGCAACUCAUCAAUCUUAUCGGCAAUGACUAUUCGUUGGAUCGCAUCCACGCCGCCGACGUCGAAUCAGGAACUGUUGGUGGUACCAGGUGUCCAACCAUUUGUGCGCGCCUGUAAUUUGAAAGGCAUCAAUCUGUUCGAUACCAUCACGGGGUGGCUUCGGAACCAGUAG